GGAAGUAACAUGGAACUGUCAAGCUAACGACCAUCCGCGCUGGUUUUAUUGUGAAGGCGCCGGUCGGAAAUCGUGUUAGUCCCCCUGCAGGCUUCACUGUGUGUGAAGCAGAUUAAUGGUGGAGGAUCUCUGUUAUUCGAUCGCCGGUCGUGUUGUUAUUCUCUCUGGUUCCGAGGGUUUACUUGUCCAGUUUGAAUGGAAGGGGGCGAGCUGAGGACCCGGGCCGAUCCGGGCCAGUCCAGGAAAGGACAAGACACCAGGGAGAGCAGCACCCAGACUGACAGCCGGGUACAAGGUCAUGGCCCCAGGUUGUCGAAGGUCAAUCUCUUCACCUUACUGAGUCUGUGGAUGGAGCGGUUCCCUCAGGAGCAGUAUGAGGAGGAGGACCCCAGUCAGAUCCGGGGGAUGGGCUUGGUGGUGGUGCAGGACAGCAAGGUGCUGGGACUCCACUGCUCGGGCGUUGAGCUCCACGCGGGGCAGGCAGCCAUCAUCCAGCAUGGCGCCCGCUUGGCUGACUGUCACCUGUACUUCUCCAGGAGACCCUGUGCCACGUGCCUCAAGAUGAUCAUCAACGCUGGGGUCAGUCAGAUCUCCUUCUGGCCCGGUGACCCUGAGGUCAGCAUGCUGGGCUCCACCUCCACAAACCAUUCGGCCGCCCGCUCCCACAGUCCGCCGGGCUGCUUCAAGGAGGAGGCCGCGCUGGACGCCAUUGCAACGGAGAAGCUGAAGUCCAACAGCCGGCCGCACAUCGGCGUGCUGCUGCAGCCCCUGGCGUCGGGCCUGGCUCAGUUCCUCCGUGAGUCGUCCAGAGAGUGCGACUUCAUGGAGAAGGUGGCUGAUGAUGAACCAGGUCUGAACACAGAGGAGCUCUUCAACAGAGAACGGUCCAGACACCUGAAGGAUUUCUCCAGACACUUCCUGGUCGCGACCCCCUGGCAGCACCGGGACAUUCUGAAGCAAAUGGGUCUGGAGAACUUCUGCGUGGAGCCGUACUUCUCCAACCUGAGACAGAACAUGAUGGAGCUGGUGGAGGUUCUGGCUGCAGUGGCUGCCGGGGUGCCGCUGCGACGCCACGGAUUCCACAGGGAACAGUGUUCGACCCCCGAGCAGCCGCUGCCUCCUCAUCAUGAGGGCGUGUCCCAAGAAGUGGCUCUUCACUGCAUUAUCCAAGCCAGACUGCUCGCCUAUAGAACAGAGGAUCCUAAAGUGGGCGUGGGCGCUGUUAUCUGGGCCAGACGACUCUCGCCGAGGAGUUUAGACGGAGUGGGACGUCUGUACCUCUUGGGUUGUGGGUACAACGCCUACCCAGCCGGCUCGCAGUACGCAGAGUACCCGCAGAUGGACAACAAACAGGAGGACCGACAAAGACGCAAAUACAGAUACAUCGUCCACGCGGAGCAGAACGCCCUCACCUUCAGGACUCGAGAAAUCCAACCGGGGGAGGCCACCAUGCUGUUUGUCACCAAGUGUCCGUGUGACGAGUGCGUCCCUCUGAUCAGAGGAGCCGGCAUCACACACAUCUACACCACGGACCAGGACAGGGACAAAGACAAGGGAGACAUUUCCUACCUGAGGUUCAGCAGCUUGAAGGACGUCAGCAAGUUCACGUGGCAGAGGAGUCCUUCACUCGGCUCAGCGUCCUCUCCUGAAAUUGCCAACGGUUGUGUUGGGAAGCAGAGCAGGCGGAGGGAGGAGGAGGAGAGCCACAGCAACAAGAAGCUGUGCGUCAACAGAACGCACGACUCGUCCGUCAGCUGAGCAUCGCCCCCAGACACACGGACAGAUGGAUGGACCAACCAGAAAGCUCAUGUGCCACAGAUCAGAUCAUUUAACGGUUCAAGUUGGGAGACGCAGGUCUGCGAUGAGCUGCUGCAGUUCAAUUCUGUAUUUGAUCCACCAGUCGUGGAGUUGUGUGGGAAGCUGUUCUCCCAGUGAGAGACGAGAAGAAGCUGAGCUUCCAACACAAUGACCUCAAUGGGAAAUCAGUAGAACAGAGGGAGGGAUGAAAGAGGAGAAGUGUCAUUUUUAAAUGCAUGGGAGGAGGGAAGGAAAUGUGGGGACGACAAACAAACAAAUAUUUUAAUAUAAUAUAAACUGUGACAUGUAGAUUUAUCUUUUUUUAUAAAUAUAUUUAAGUGGUGAAGUUUAUUUGAACGGUGUAAGGUUUUAAUGUGUCAUACUGAAUGUGUGUGUGUGUGUGUGUGUGUGUGUUUGUAUGCGAGUGUGUGUGUCACUCCUCUUGAGGUGAAUAAAGUUUAAAAGAGUGGAAGAAGACUCUCUUGCUAAAACUUGAACAAACACGAGGACGGUGUAAACUUACGGUUCAGAAACAUCCGAUUAAAACCGACUGUGAACGUGU